AAAUGAGGGUAAGUAUUGCGCCUGGCUGUAUUUCUCACCCCAUAAAAUCAGUGAAUCACUGUUACCAGCUAAAGGUGGUCUCUGCCCCGGAAUGCUGAGGCCGCCCCUACCUCAGCCUAAAGUAAGAGGAAGAUUGAGGCUGUCUGACAGCAAGUGUGAGGCGGCUGUUCUGGUAAGGAUUUUAACUUCCUCAGCUCUCUAGAGUGUUUCAGAACUGAGGAAUGGGCAUUGUACCGGCAUCCUCCCUUCCCGUCCGUGGACAGGUACAGUCCAGGGCACAGCUCAACACUAAAGACACCGAAGAGGGUCCUUGUUACAGGCCUGCUACUCCACUGGGCAGUAUGACCACACAGUACUCCUCUGUCUUGGAAAAAAUUCCCAUAGCUAUCACCUGCUUUACCAGAGGCUUGGACAUCAGGAAAGAGAAGGCAGAUGUUCUCUGCCCAGGUGGCUGCCCUCUUGAGGAAUUCUCUGUGUUUGGGAACAUAGUAUAUGCUUCUGUAUCGAGCAUAUGUGGGGCUGCAAUCCACAGAGGAGUAAUCAGCAACUCAGGGGGACCUGUGCGAGUCUAUAGCCUACCUGGUCGAGAAAACUAUUCCUCAGUAAAUGCCAAUGGCAUCCAGUCUCAAACGCUUUCCAGAUGGUCUGCUUCUUUCACAGUGACUAAAGGCAAAAGUGGUACCCAGGAAGCCACGGGACAAGCAGCAUCCACCGCACGUGCACCAACAGGUAAACGACUAAAGAAAACACCUGAGAAGAAAACUGGCAAUAAAGACUGUAAAGCAGACAUUGCAUUUCUGAUUGAUGGAAGCUUUAAUAUUGGGCAGCGCCGAUUUAAUUUACAGAAGAAUUUUGUUGGGAAAGUGGCUCUAAUGUUGGGAAUUGGAACAGAAGGACCACAUGUUGGUCUUGUUCAAGCCAGUGAACAUCCCAAAAUAGAAUUUUACUUGAAAAACUUUACAUCAGCCAAAGAUGUUUUGUUUGCCAUAAAAGAAGUAGGUUUCAGAGGAGGUAAUUCCAAUACAGGAAAAGCCCUGAAGCAUACUGCUCAGAAAUUCUUCAAAGCAGACGCUGGAGCGAGAAAAGGGAUCCCCAAAGUGGUGGUGGUGUUCAUUGAUGGCUGGCCUUCUGAUGACAUCGAGGAAGCAGGCAUUGUGGCUAGAGAGUUUGGUGUCAACGUAUUUAUAGUUUCUGUAGCCAAGCCUAUCCCUGAAGAACUGGGGAUGGUUCAGGAUGUUGCAUUUGUUGACAAGGCUGUCUGUCGGAAUAAUGGCUUCUUCUCUUACCACAUGCCCAACUGGUUUGGCACCACAAAAUAUGUAAAGCCUCUGGUACAGAAGCUCUGCACUCAUGAGCAAAUGAUGUGCAGCAAGACCUGUUAUAAUUCAGUGAACAUUGCCUUUCUAAUUGAUGGCUCCAGCAGUGUUGGAGAUAGUAAUUUCCGCCUCAUGCUUGAAUUUGUUUCCAACAUAGCCAAGACUUUUGAAAUCUCGGAUAUUGGUGCCAAGAUAGCUGCUGUACAGUUCACUUAUGAUCAGCGCACAGAAUUCAGUUUCACUGACUAUAGCACCAAAGAGAAUAUCCUAGCUGUUAUCAGAAACAUCCGUUAUAUGAGUGGUGGAACGGCUACUGGUGAUGCCAUUUCCUUUACUGUUAGAAAUGUGUUUGGUCCCAUGAGGGAUAGCCCCAACAAGAACUUCCUGGUAAUUAUCACAGACGGGCAGUCCUAUGAUGAUGUCCGAGGUCCUGCUGCUGCUGCACAUGAUGCAGGUAUCACCAUAUUCUCUGUUGGCGUGGCUUGGGCACCUCUGGAUGACCUGAAAGAUAUGGCCUCUAAACCGAAGGAGUCACAUGCUUUCUUCACAAGGGAAUUCACAGGACUAGAACCAAUUGUUUCUGACAUCAUUAGAGGCAUUUGUAGAGAUUUCUUAGAAUCCCAGCAAUAAUGGUGACAUUUUGAUAACUGAAAGAAAAAGUGCAAGGGGAUCUAAUGUAUAAAUUGUCUUCUCAUGAUAAACUAUAGCAUAGUAGGAUCAAAUAUGAAACUAUAUAAAAUGUCAACAGCUGUUUUAACCAAAUAAGCAUUCAUUUAAAGCUACUAUCUUCUGAUUACUAUUUUUCUGUAAUUGUUCAAAACACUGCUGAGCUUCAUAAUCAUGGCCUUUAGAAAUUCAGCAAAGAGGAGAUAAUAUGGAUUAAAAUCUUAAGAGUUCUAACAUGCACAUUAAAUGUAUAGAUAUGCAAAUUCCAUAGCUCAAUAAAAGAAUCUGAGACUUAGAUCAAAAGCAACAUUCCUUUAAUCAUUGUGCCGACUAUCUAAGGAAAAUGAAAACUUAAAUGGAAAACAGUUCUUUAACACAGUUCAAAUAUAAAUAUUUUGACCCAAGUGGAUGUUUUCUUAAAACCAAUCAAUACAUAGAUGUUACUUCACAUACUACACAGUUAUAAUUAUGGAUUACAUGGAAAGGAAUCAUGUGUUGAGCUGCUUUUGUAGUGUUUUCAUAACAUAUGACUGAAAAUAUCACACUGAACAAGAUAGCAGGAUUGCCUGAUAUUUUUCUACUUAUAUCCUUAAUUUUAUUGUGUAGAGAUAUAUUUGGCUUGCACUCUAAAAGUUAUCCAGGUUCUAACCAAAAUCUUAAGGUUUUACUUAUUGCUUAUACUUUAAACAUUUAGCUUUAAAGAAAAAGACAUUUCAAAUAACAGAACUGCACCAAAAAAAUAUUAAAGUUUGAAUAUUUAAGCAAUAAAACUACUAGUGACUGUUA